AUUUGUAGCUGAUUCUGUGCUGAUUGUGUUUGAUGGGCAGAGGAUUUUUUUUACUGAACUUUGCAUUUUUGUUGAGCAUUGUUGGUCGGUCAGUUCGGUUGUGACCGAAGACCGAACCGAAAUGACCGAAACCGAAGCUCUCGGUCUUCAGAAUUUUCAGGAACCGAUCGGUUCACCCCUACCUGUAAUAUAAAGGGAUAGGGAUUUUCCUGCUCAAUGGAACUUGCUUCUCCACAUUUUCUACACUUUUUUUUUGUUUUUGCAAAAGACAGAAUUUUUACGCUUGCAGGGCCGUGCUUCCGUUGUACUCCUAGUACUCCUAACUACGGCGCUCCCCCUUUUUGGGCCUCCUUUUGCGCGCAGGGCCAGCUUUACUUUUCCGUGGUGCAAACUUUAAUCCGUCCGCACUCCGAUCCACUCAAAAAAGUUUUUUUUUUGUGGUCUCGCAGUUAUAGUUUUGUUAGGGGAGGAGGCCCAACUCGUGCUCUGCGCCCAAAACCGUUCCCAUCUGCUUGCUACUUUUGCCCAGAUGCUCCUUUGCAGAUCUAGUUUAGGUGCAUAAUGAUCGAGGUCACAGCUCUAGUCUAGAGGAAAAAAAAUUAAGAGGCUGGUCCAGUGCUCUUGUGGGGUUCUAGGUUUAAAGAUAGCAAAAGACAUUGCCAAUUUUUCUGGAAUCCAGACUGCCUUAUGCCCUUACCCAAUUAUGUAUAUCGCCGAUGUCCAUACUGUUUUUAGCAAAGUUACCGCAUACUAUGUGCUGCUUCCUUUUAAUAGCCAAACCAUGUGCAUGACCGAAUAUACUUGAUGGGCUCAGUUUUGUUUCUGUAAUGCAAGGUGGUGGUCUUGGAAAUUGCUUUGGGUCGCAGGGGUACUUACUGGACGUACAACUGUUGGCGACCAUGGCGGACCUGCAUGAACCAUUGGUGCGCCGCAAGAGGAAGAAGGUUUUGGUGGACUAUUUGGUGAAGUUUCGAUGGAUCCUUGUUAUCUUUGUGGUCCUUCCGAUUUCAGCUCUGAUCUACUUCAAUAUCUAUCUGGGCGACAUGUGGUCUGCCAUGAAGUCAGAGAAGAAGCGCCAGAAGCAACAUGAUGAGAAUGUGCAGAAGGUUGUGAAGCGGCUCAAGCAGAGGAACCCAAAGAAGGAUGGCCUUGUUUGCACAGCCAGGAAGCCCUGGAUUGCUGUUGGCAUGCGCAAUGUGGACUACAAGCGUGCCAGGCAUUUUGAGGUUGACCUUUCUGCCUUCAGGAAUAUCCUUGAGAUUGACAAAGAGAGGAUGGUUGCCAAGGUUGAGCCCCUUGUGAACAUGGGUCAGAUUACCAGAGCUACCUGCCCCAUGAACCUUGCCCUUGCAGUCGUCGCAGAGCUUGACGACCUCACUGUUGGUGGGCUGAUCAAUGGUUAUGGUAUUGAGGGUAGCUCUCACCUCUAUGGGCUUUUCUCUGACACAGUUGUUGCAAUGGAGGUUGUCCUUGCAGAUGGCCGUGUUGUUAGAGCCACCAAGGAUAAUGAGUACUCUGACCUUUUCUAUGGCAUUCCCUGGUCCCAGGGAACACUUGGGUUCCUUGUCUCUGCUGAGAUCAAGCUCAUUCCCAUCAAGGAAUACAUGAAGCUCACGUACAUUCCAGUCAAAGGGAAUCUGAAGGAAAUCGCGCAGGCCUACGCUGAUUCUUUCGCGCCAAGAGACGGUGACCCUGCAAAGGUCCCUGACUUUGUUGAAGGAAUGGUGUACAAUGAGAGCGAGGGUGUGAUGAUGACUGGUGUUUAUGCUUCAAAAGAAGAGGCAAAGAAGGGCAACAAGAUCAACUGCGUCGGGUGGUGGUUUAAGCCUUGGUUCUACCAGCACGCUCAGACGGCGCUGAAGAGGGGUGAGUUUGUGGAGUACAUCCCGACAAGGGAGUACUACCACCGCCACACCAGGUGCCUGUACUGGGAGGGGAAACUGAUCUUGCCGUUCGGUGACCAGUUCUGGUUCAGGUUCCUGCUGGGUUGGCUGAUGCCGCCAAAGGUGUCUCUGCUGAAGGCAACCCAGGGUGAGGCUAUCAGGAACUACUACCAUGACAACCACGUGAUCCAGGACAUGCUGGUGCCGCUGUACAAGGUUGGAGAUGCCCUUGAGUUUGUCCACCGCGAGAUGGAGGUGUAUCCGCUGUGGCUGUGCCCUCACCGUCUGUACAAGUUGCCCGUGAAGACGAUGGUGUACCCUGAGCCUGGAUUCGAGCACCAGCACAGGCAGGGUGACACGAGCUACGCGCAGAUGUUCACGGACGUGGGCGUGUACUACGCCCCCGCUGCUGUGCUAAGGGGUGAGGAGUUCAACGGCGCGGAGGCAGUGCACCGGCUGGAGCAGUGGCUGAUCGAGAACCACAGCUACCAGCCUCAGUACGCUGUGUCUGAGCUGAACGAGAAGGACUUCUGGAGGAUGUUCGACGCGUCCCACUACGAGCACUGCCGGCGCAAGUAUGGAGCGGUGGGGACGUUCAUGAGCGUGUACUACAAGUCGAAGAAGGGGCGGAAGACAGAGAAGGAGGUGCAGGAGGCGGAGGCGGCCAUCCUGGAGCCGGCCUAUGCAGAUGAGGCCUAGUCCUAGCUGUUGAUGAAGUAGCGUUUGUGAUUAGGCCUAGCUGUUGAUGAAGUAGCGUUUGUGAUUUAGAUGUCGGCAGCAGCAGCAGCAGCGUUUGUUUUGUUUACCUGAUGAUGGGAUUUGGAACGAGAUGUUGGUCUCCGUUCUGCUUGCUUAGAGUAACUUGUUGAUUGUGUAGUGUGUCUCACUCUGUUGGUCAGUCGUUGCCGCCAUUGGUACUAUGCAGUGAGUGGCUGUUUAUCAUUUGUUAUGGAAUUGCUGAACUUAAUUCGGGAUUUGCAUGGCUAGCUCUUUUGUGUC